ACGACUUAUGACUUGUAUGAGACGCCGCGCCUACUGCUCACUCCCCACUCUCACACUUUGCCCUUUGCCCUUUUGCCCCCUAAUUCGCCCUCCCAACUCCCGCGAAAUUACCCACCCGCCCAGAUCGCGCUCCUAGUCCUAGACCUCCUCCGCCUCCUCCGGCGGUGAAAUUCCCGCCAUGAACGCCCCCACGACGACGUUUCGCUCCAUUCUCGAGAAGCCCCUCAAUCAGCUCACCGAGGAUGACAUUUCCCAGCUCACCCGCGAAGACUGCCGCAAAUACCUCAAAGAAAAAGGAAUGCGGCGGCCCUCCUGGAACAAAUCGCAGGCGAUCCAGCAGGUUAUUUCGCUCAAGGCGCUGCUGGAGCCCAACGACGAUUCCGGCGCCGGAGCUCUCAGAAAGAUUGUCGUUUUGCCUCAGACGACCACCGCCACCACCCAGCGCGCGGCUUCGAGUUCCGCUGAUUCAGCUAAGGAAGCGAGCCCUGAUGUCCAGGCUUCGGUGUCCGCUGACGAAUUGGCGCCGCAUCCGAGAAAUGAACCGUCCAAACCAGCUCCCGAGGACCCGCCGGUCUAUGCGGAUACCAUCAGUCCCAGAAAUCAUUGUACAACUGAUGCAUCAGUUAGGAAAAUGACAAUUUUCUACAGCGGCAAGGUGAAUGUAUAUGAUGGAGUGCCACCUGAUAAGGUAAAUGAAGCUUUCUCUUUGAAUGGAGACCUUGAGAUAAGCCUUCCAAUGCAGGGAUAUAUGGAUUUGCAGGCACGGGCAAUCCUGCACCUUGCAGCAGGGCCCAACCAUUUGCUUUUGGACAAUCAAUUUGGUGGUGCUGCAGCAGCAAGAUCCUUACAUUGCCAAUUUCAGAAUGCAGGCGAUAAAGAUGUCCUUUCCCUUCCUAGUGCAACAAUUUCUCAGGCAAUGCAAACAGAGAAGAUUGGUGAAUGUACACAGCAGUACUGGGAGAAAGUGAACAACACUCGUGAUCCUGAUGCAGAGGGUCAGGCGAACAGAAAAGUCUCGUUGCAGAGAUACCUUGAAAAGCGAAAGGACAGGGAAAAAUUAAAGAUGAAGAAAAAUAUUGGAUCGAAUACUAGCUUGGAGGUUUACUUGAAUCGUCAACUCAGGACACAUACCUCAAAUGGUAAUUCAAGUCAGUAUGGCACAAGCUCUCCACCCCAACCUGGGCUGCUACAGACAGCUGAAAAUCAGCCAAAGUUCCGCUGUCUUCCUGUUGACCUAAACGAGAAGGGUUGUUUGGUUUUGUUUUGUUUUUCCCGGGCUGGCUGUAAUGCAGAUAUCCUGGAACACCGGACUUGACAAUUUCCAGGUCAUAAAGAGUUGGGAUAUGGUUGAGGACCCCUUACCCUAAGUUAGCGCCAUGACAUACCUCGCAGGAUGGGUAAGAAGAAACUAAUUUAACUGGCUUCUAGCGACCUGCGUUUUUGUAUGAUUGGGCUGCUCUGCGACCAUGAAGUUUUUCCAGACUUUAGCCUAUCAGGAGGAGGAUUCUCAGUUUGGACUGGUAUGACUUUGAUCAGUUUUGUAAUUUGUAGGAUCAUAUUUUCAUCAUCGGGAUUUUUCUUCUUUGUCCAUGUUAUUAGGGUCGAGAUGUAGAGCUGCAAGCAGCAAUAUCCUUUUUAACUCCCUAUGUAUGUAAUUAGUGUAUGCGGUACCAUUCUCCGUGCCGAGAGCUUAUUGUACAAGUUGAAGGAGACUCUCUCCUUCAACGUUUUGUUGCCAUGAAGAAGACUUCUAUGUAAUUUACCAUCACUUUGUUUAUAAGCUAGCCAACUAAAGUUGGCAAAAAUGUGUCGCAAUUUGCAGAAAAAUCGCGGCUCAGUUGGUGCA